UUGCUAAAUGUGGAAUGAGAUUAAAUAAUUGAAAAUCCAUCCAAUUUUACAGGAAUGAAAAUAAAAGUACAUGGAAGGAAUGCAUUACUCAAAAAUCCAAUGUAUAUAGUUGUCAGUCCCAAGAUUUUUGCUAAUAAACUCCCUUUAUGAGCCUCUAGACCCUAUUUGAAGUAGAGUCAGGAUGAAUGGAUGUAGCUGAGCAUUUACUAAUUGGAUGCCCUCUCCUCUGCAGAGUUGCAAUAAAUAUUUUUUUCUUUGCACUCUAGGAGAGAAACUUUGCAACUACCUAUUGAAUUCUUAACCUUCCAAGUGGGAGGCAAGCCUCUGUCUCUCUCUCUCUCUCUCUGUGUGUGUCUGUCUGUCUGUCUAUCUAUCUCAAAAAGAGGUCCUGCAUAAUAAAAGUAAAUCUGUUGGUUGUUUUUUUCCUGGUAGACCAUUUUAAUGUCUAAAGUGUCAAUAAAUGUUAUGGCAAUUAUUUUAACCAAAUCCCCAUCAGAUUUUGCCAGUUUUGUCAGAAUACCAGAUUGUCACUUAGGAAAUAUGGCAGAAGCCAAAGCUUAAUAUUUUGAACUGAUUUCCUGGAUGUAUAACCUUCCAGAAAAUAGUUACUGCCAAUUUUUGAACAUAAGGAAAUAAUAAAACAUUGCUUCAAAUAAUUGCAAAAAUAAUUCAUAUUCACAUUCUUUUAUUCUCCAAAGAUUUUAAUUCAGGUGACUGUGGAAUAAACAAAUUUCACAUAAACCUACAGAGUUUGUAAACUCAGAGGUUGUAAACUUUUUUAAAGAAAAAGAUGUAACACUUAUUAAUAAUAACUCAUUAAGAAGCCAUCUUUAUCAAAUUUCACAUUGUGAUAGAUUCACUAUGGCUAAUUCAUAGUGACAGUAUGAGCAUAAAAAAUAUUAUUUUCUCUGGCAUCCUGAUAGACUUUCUGAAUGCUUUCAUAGUGGACUGUUUUAAAAUGUUCAUUCUUUGUUUCCUUCAGAAACUGUAUCAUGGAAGUACGGAAUGUGACCAUUGUCAGAGAAAUAUUUUUGCUUGGACUUAACUUUGAACCAAGUUUGGAAAUCAUCCUCUUUAUGGUUUUCCUCCUUAUUUAUGUAGUGACAGUGCUCGGGAAUGCACUCAUAAUUGCAUUGAUUUGCACUGAUCAUCGUCUUCAAAUCCCAAUGUAUUUUUUCCUCAGCAAUCUAUCUGCCAUUGAGAUAUUCAUGACGACAUCUGUGAUGCCUAAAAUGCUGGCCAAUCUUCUGUCUGAAAGAAAAACGAUUUCCUUUGUUGGCUGCUUCAUUCAAUCAUAUUUCUAUUUUUUCAUGGGUUCUACAGAGUUCAUUCUUUUUGCUGCUAUGUCCUUUGACCGCUACAUGGCCAUCUGCUAUCCCCUUAGCUAUCCCAUCCUUAUGAGUGGCAAAGUUUGUGUUAAGAUAGUGAUUGGAUCUUGGAUUGGUGGCUUCUUCUCGGUGUUCUUAUCUACUGUAUUAAAAGCCAGGCUAACUUACUGUAAUAAUGUUAUUAAUCACUUUUUCUGUGACAGUGCACCGUUAUUGCAUCUUUCCUGUCAGGAUAUAACUAUGAUUGAGGUGGUGGAUUUCCUGGUAUCCUUGAUUCUACUGCUUGGCUCUCUUUCAUUCACUGCUACAUCUUACAUCUACAUAAUUAGCACCAUUGUCAAGAUUCCAUCUGCAGAGGGCAGGAAGAAGGCCUUUGGUACUUGUGCGUCACAUUUCACUGUUGUCUCCAUGGGCUAUGGAAUCUCCAUUUUUGUUUAUGUGAGACCAUCUCAGAGUGACAGUAUGAGCCUAAACAAAGCCUUGACCAUUUUCUCUGGCAUCCUGACACCCUUCCUGAACCCUUUCAUCUUCAGUCUAAGAAAUGAGCAGAUGAAAGAGGUGUUGAGAGAUGUUCUAAAGAAAAUGUCUUUCAAAAUAAAAUAAAGUCAAUUUAUUACUCUAAAA